CGGUCUCUCGAUUAACGCGAUAAGUGGUCUGUUGCUGAUGGGGGGAACUGCACGCUUUGAUUGUGCAGAAGAUAGGGAGAUAGGCGGUUCGCUGUAUAGGCCCGCCUCCGGAAGGCGUCCGGAUUCUUCUUUGAAUAGGGAAAUUAUAAAGAGAUGUCCUAUGAUUCCGGGAAAGAUAAUGCAUCUGUGGUUGAUUCAUCAGUGACAGAAGGGAGGCAUGACAUGGGGGCUUUGGAUGAACCUGCUGGUUCUUUUCUUACAGAAAGUACAGAUAAACAAAACCAGGAUCAAUAUCCCUCUAACUCAGAAGAACCAGGGUGUGGUCAUGAUAAAAUGGGAGAUUCAAUUGCCAACAGAAAGGGUAGAUGGUAUAGCACUAGGUAUUUUAUCAUUAAGAGUUUGAAUCAUCACAAUCUCCGACUAUCAAUUGAGAAAGGAAUCUGGGCUACUCAGGUUAUGAAUGAACCCAUUUUGGAAGAAGCCUUUCAUAAUUCUGGAAAGGUGAUUUUAAUAUUUAGUGUCAACAUGAGUGGGUUCUUCCAAGGGUAUGCUCAAAUGAUGUCUCCUAUUGGGUGGAGGAGGGACAACGUGUGGAGUCAAGGCAAUGGUAGAAAUAAUCCUUGGGGCCGCAGUUUUAAGGUCAAAUGGCUGCGGUUAUAUGAUUUGCCCUUCCAGAAGACUCUUCAUCUUAAGAACCCAUUUAAUGACAACAAACCUGUCAAAAUUAGCAGAGAUUGUCAGGAGUUACCCCAGGAUGUUGGAGAAGCUCUUUGUGAGCUGCUUGAUUGUGAUGCUGAUGUUGAUGGAGAAACUAGAAGGGAUUCUGCCUCUCUUGAAAGGACUUCCAUGUGUUUGGUACAGGGGGAAGAAUAUAAUGGGCCUGCAGUACACAUGCCAUGGGCUAUGCCUUAUUCUUCUCUGUACUAUCCGCAACAUGCUGAAGCCGCCAGAAACAAUUUAGCGUAUGGUAGAUCAGCAGGCACCUUACUUUCUGAGGACUUAGCUGUCCCAUCUGGAGUAUCAAAAGUUCCAAAACCAAAACAUCCUCUGGCAAAUGGAAAUACGCCUGCUGUAUCACAUCGAGAUGUUACUCCACGAUAUGAUAUGUGGGGUUUGUCCACUGGAAGUCCUCUUGCUAGUACCCUAACAGAAGAUGACUUUCUUGACAUGUCAUAUGAAGAAUACCUGGAAGUCCAUAGCAGAAGCAGCAGAAAGAUGUGCCUUCCUGCGACAGGAUCAUCUUGGCCACCUAAGGAAUCACCAAGAAGUAGAAAACAAGAUAUACAUUUAAAUCCGGGUCUCGCAUCUGAACAGAGCACAAGGAAGAGGCCGCACCAUUCUUUGGAGAGAUGAUUGGAUAUGAAGGAUUUAGUCGUCUGAUGUGAAAAAAUUCCUUCUGUGACGGGGCUGUUACUAUUUGAUAUUGUCCUUGUCAUUGUAUUGGAUUGAUUACCCUGUAUUGUUGUAUGCGUGUUCUGCUGAUGAUAUGUUAUAGGACUUAAACGGGGGCCCUAGAAACUUGUACAUAAUUGUAUGGGCAAUUGCCUGAAUUCCCAUCUGUCCCAUUAUUUGGCAAAGAGCAAAUUCUCUUUCAUAAA